UUUUUUUUAAUGUUUCUAUAAAGAAAAUUUUAUUAUGCUCUCUAUCUAUACAUUUAUAUAAUCAUUUAUUUUAAAUAAAUAUUGAUCAAAUAUAUAUGACAGUAUGUAUAAUUUGAAAAAAGAUAAUAAAUACAUAGAUAUAAGAAUAUAAAGAAGUAAGUAUAGUAGAUGUACGGCAGAGCUCCGUGUCAGACAUGCGCAGUAUGUUACUCGGUGAAUUCCGUUACGCACUUUUUCCUCUGUUACGAGAGUCAAUCCGCAAGUGGCCAGUGGCCGUGGUAAAAGGAAAGGCAAAAAGCAACGCUGGACUCAAAGAAGCGGGAGAGAUAGUGUUUAAACGUCGCGGCAAAUCCUCCCCACUUCUUUGAGAGAAGCACAAUAGUGAAACGCGUCGUUCGAUCGAACCGUAGUGUUAUGUGCGUACGCGAUGUUGAAUGAGUGACGUAACCUAAAUACAAAUAUCUCCUAUCAACGAAUAGCUUUAGAUCAGAACAUCGCUUUGUUAGAAAAACGAUAAAAACAAAAUACGUACACACUUUUGCUUUCUUCCUCUUUCUCUUCGUUUCAUUCUUAUAUUUCUAUGUUUGUUAAUUCGAUUUGCGAAAAGAUAGCUACUGAGGUAUCGUGUUAACAUCUCAUAAACGAAGUCAAGUAUCGUGCUCUUUGUGCUGACAGAAGUGUACGCCGCUAAUUUGGAUUUUUCACGAAGACAAAAAAGAAUGGCGGAAGAUUGUCCUGAUGGUGAUUAUCUUGGGGCGUAUAGCCGUUUUUUUUCUGAAUUUGUCUCUAGAGUAAAUCCAUACGAUCAACUGCCUGUUUCGGUGAGCUCAUAUAAUGUGACCGAAGCUGAGAUCGUCGGUGAAAUCAUCAAUGUGACUCUACAAUAUCUCAACCAGACGCAAUGUCCAGCAAGUUUACAGGCAUAUUUAGUUCAUCAAGUUAUACAAGAAAUUAAAUCUAUGUGCAAAAAACAACCAGAAGAUUGUGGAUUUAAAUCCCAAGAAAAAACAUAUACUUCAUUAAAAUUAAUGCAAGCUAUUAUUAAUAAAGUUAAUGAAAUUUGUACCCGUUAUCUGGACAAUAGUAGAUUGGCAUUAUUACCACCUCCACCUUCAACUCCAUUACCACAAAUAACAGCAGGUGGAAGCAAAAAUUGUAGAAGAAAAAUGGAAGACCGUUAUGUGAUUUUACAUGAUUUACAUACUACAUUUGGUAUUGAGGAUGAUUCUAUAGCAAAUUAUUAUGCUGUAUUUGAUGGACAUGCAGGACAAGAUGCAGCUGUAUAUUGUGCUGCUCAUUUACAUCAAUAUUUAACAGAAAGCAUAUAUUAUCCUACAGAUCCAGAGCGUGCCUUACGCGAUGCUUUUCUUACUACAGACAGACAAUUUAUAGAAAAAUCAAAGACACAAAAACUAUGUGGUGGGACUACUGCAGUUUGCACUUUAAUAUUAAAUAAAAGAUUAUAUGUUGCCUGGGUAGGAGAUUCAACAGCCAUGCUGAUAAAACGUGAUAGUGUUGUUCAGCUAGUGAAUCCUCAUCGACUUCAUCGCGAAGAUGAAGUGCAAAGGAUACGAAAAGCAGGAGGAGUAGUGAUGCCAAGUAUGGGAACUAUGCGUGUAAAUGGAGUAUUAGGUGUUUCAAGAGCAAUAGGUGAUGUUCGAUACAAGCCGUUCGUAACAGGUGAGCCAGAAGUUAAAUCUGUACCUUUAGACGGAACAGAAGAUUUUUUGGUUCUUGCCACCGAUGGACUAACAGAUUACUUGAAUCCUAAGGAAAUAUUAACUAUUCUCUAUCAUGAAAUACAACGAAAUCCAAACGGUUUUAAACGCGCGUACCAAAUCCUGCUGCACUGGGCGAAGCAGGGAGGUUCGGAAGAUAACAUCACCGUGGUUGUGGUCCUGUUAACUCCAGCCAACGCGAUCGCAGCCAGACCUCUAAACGCCCAUCCGUACUUUCGUUUACAAGUGAAUGAUAUACUCGAAAAAAUGAAUUCAAAGGACAAACCGCUCUUUAUGGAUAUCGAUGAUGCCCAUAAUGCGAUCAAUUCGAACAUCCUCAAACAAUCUAUGAUUUCUCAAGAGCCACGUGACGACGAUGGCGGUAUACUAGCAGCUAGUAAUGGAAAACACGAAAAUGGCGACGCAGAUUAUGAUUAUUCCGAUUUGGGACCCGAGACCAACGUAGACGCGAUCGAUGAUGUGACCAUGCCCGUGAAAAAUCUUUCAUACGAAUUUUACAAAGAUGACGAUAUUUGCCAUGAGGAUGGCCAAACCGACAAUGACUCGAAUAUUCUCGACAAUAGGGACAUGGACGAAUCUAUCAAUGCUAACCUAAAUGCCAACACCAACAUAAUAACGCACGAACAAAUCACUGAUAAUAAUUUACACGAAAACAAUGAUGACGAUGACGAUGACGAUGAUGACGAAGUGGACGAAAACGAUGACGAUGAUAAUAAUGAUGAUGAAUUGCAUCAAGAUAACGAUGAUGUUCCUGAUGACGAGGUUAUGGUAUCUAAAACAAUCGAAGACGAUAUUCCUGAAAACGAGAUAAAUAACUGUGAAAAAAUAAAUAACGAGAUUUGCGAACCGCUUAUGGAAAAUAUAGUGGACGAGAAGAAAACGCGUAUGGAGGACCAAGCAGAUAUGCCACAAGAUGUCGUUGAUGAAGCCGGUCCUGUGGACUAUGACGAAUCACCGCCAUCACCGCAAGCUAACAAACCUCUUCAGCAUGCGCUGAUUCACGAACCAGAUAAUGUAGCGGAGAGCGAGGAUUCCGAAGACGAGUGGAACUAUUAUCGAGUUGAUCCAAACAAAGAAAAGAAUUCCGAAACGCCUGUUAACGAACCCGAAAAAACGAUAAACGUGGAAGAAGAAAGUGAAAUAUCAGAGUUACCUGUCGAAGAUACCGAAUCGAAAAUCCAAUCUGAAAACAUAGAGGAGAAUAUUAAAUGCGAAAAUCUGAAAGAGGAGGAAUCGCCUGAGCUUAUUAACAUAGAGAUUAGCGCCGAAGAUAAAGAAGAAAAACUAGAGAAGAUCAAGGAAUCCUGCAUCGAGGAAGAAAAUAAGUUGAAGGAUAUGGAUUUUCAAUUGAAUCCUAACGCAGCCGAAUUCAUUCCUGUUUCACCGCAAUUUAUGGGAACGAGAAUGGAUCUGGUUGAGGAUUUCCCUGUCUCUGGAUCACCUUUCAAACAAGUCCCACAGAUGGACGACAUUCAAGUGCCCAGUCAGAGCGAAUUCGAGAAAGAAGUAUGCCAACGGCCAAGAGAGGUCGACAGUGAGGAGAAAGAAUACCAAAAUGGUGAUAAUUUACAGCAUACCGAUUAUACAGAUUUUCUGGCCGACAAGCAAAAAGUAGCCCCUGUUUCCGGAAAUAUGGAUGAUUCUGAAAUAUCAUCAACGAAGGCUGAAUUCGGGGACGAGUCUUCGGUCAGUUUCUUAACAGCUAGUGAAUUCCAUAGAACAGGUAUCUCUGCGAUAGAUGAAUCGUUCUCGAGCUGCGAGCGUGAAUACGAUAUCGCUAAAGAUCCAAUGGCCAUGUCUUUCACACCCAGCGAUUUCGAGGCGGCGUUCGACAAAGGUGUCGAUUUGAAUGCCGUUCACGACUUGAGCAAUACCGAUUUAGAAGAAACGAAUGGCAUUUUGGACAAAGAGGAGGAGGAGGAGGAAGAGGAGGAGGAAGUUAUGGCGGAAUCUCCAAACUUGGAAAACGAUACUGUUAAUGAUAAAAUGUUAAUCAUAUCUAAUACCGAAAAGCCAAUGGAUAAAACAGAAAAAUCUGAAAUUCGCGCAGAAUUCGUGAACCUGUCUUCGCAACAAGAUUACAGCGAAGAUACUUUCAUCGAGCACGCGGACGAAUUGAAAGCUAACACUAUCGACUUCCUAAACUUGCAACCAGAGUCUUCCAAUCAACAAGAACCACAAGAAACUGCGAGAUACGACCAUUCUCCCUUAACUGAAAAUUAUUCAGGAGAAUUUGAGUCGGAAAAAGAAGCUGUUUCCGUUGAUAAUGAACAACCAUUAUCGCCUUCCAGCGCCGACAUAGAUGAGACAAAACCCAUAGACGAAACCAGCGAGGAUGCUGCCCUUCUUGGAAAUGAAUUACAAAAAGAAAUUUGCUCGAAUGACGGUAAUACGCCCUCUUCGCUAUCGCCGAUUCCAGAUGCAAUGGAAAGUGAUUUGGCAGCUGAAAGUGCAGAAAUUCAGUCUUCCAAACCUGUUCAAUCUUCGUUGCAUCCGGAUGCUCCAGAGUUUACACCUGAAAAUUAUAAUUUCCAAUCGUUUGGAAUGGACAAUAACGAUGUUUGCCAAGUAUCGCACAUAAAAGCAACUGAUUCGUAUCAAGCAUAUUCCACGGAAGCCGGAAGCGCGUUCGAAAUAGUUAAGCAAGAUUUGGUUGCAAACAUACAAUUUGACGAAAAGGAAGAUGAACCAGUGUAUACGAAGCCACUAGUAGACAUAAAGCCGGAAGAUUUUAGCGAAGAACAAGAUGUUUGCGUAAGACCACUUCAAAUCCAUUCUGAAUUGACUCCACCUCUUUCUCCUCAAGAAGAAAAACACGUUCACGAUAUUAUUUAUCCUGUCAAAUCUUCUGUUGAUACCGAAGUGAUCGAAUCAAAGGAAAUUCCAGAAGAAGCAAAUAUUGAAGAUAAAGUAGAAGAAAUGAUGGAAUCAAUGAAAGAAUCGAUGGAAACAAAUAUAUCAACAGAGGAAAUAAAAUCAGAAUCAGAGGAGCCAAUAAAAGAACCCAUUUUGAAUUUAUCUGAUUCUAUGCAAGAAUUUACAGGUUUGGAGAGUCAAUUACAACCUACAGAAGAAGAGGUUUUUAAACCCAAGAUUGUCGAAGAUCUUCAAGAAGAAAUUAUAAAGAAAGAAGAAUUGAUAGACGUUACAGAACCAGAAAAAUCUUCGGAACUUCCAAUCGAAAGUGAAUAUAUGAUACAAGAACAGAGAGAAGUCCAAGAAGUUAAGGAAAUUAAAGAAGUGGAAAUUGAACAAUUAAAAUUAAAAGAACCAGAAGUUGAACAAAUGGAAAUCCAAGAACCAGAAUUUAAAGAACCAGAAUUUAAAGAACCAGAAUUUAAAGAGCCAGAAUUUAAAGAGCCAGAAUUUAAAGAGCCAGAAUUUAAAGAACCAGAAUUUAAAGAAUCUGAAGUUGAAGAAUCCGAAGUUAAAGAACCAGAAAUUAAAGAAUUCGAAAUGAAAGAAUCAGAAAUUAAAGAAUCCAAAUUUAAAGAGCCAGAAAUUGAAGAACACAAAAUCAAAGAAUUACAGUUAGAAAUUAAAGAAUCUGAAAUCAAAGAAUCUGAAAUCAAAAAAUCGGAAAUUAAUGAACCUGAAAUCAAAGAGCCAGAAAUUAAAGAACCUGAAAUCAAAGAGCCAGAAAUUAAAGAACCUGAAAUCAAAGAAUCAGAAAUUAAAGAACCUGAAAUCAAAGAAUCAGAAAUUAAAGAACCUGAAAUCAAAGAACCAGAAAUUAAAGAACCUGAAAUCAAAGAAUCAGAAAUUGAAGUUUCAAGUCAAAAGCCAGAAAUCAAGGAAUUACUCAAAGAACCAGAAAUAAAAGAAACAGAAAUCAAAGAAUUAGAAAUAGAAAAAGUAGCCGAAGUUCCAGAAAACAAAGUUAUCGAAACAGCUGCAAUAGCGACAGCAACUGCAGCUGUUGUAGCGAGUGCAGCAGGUGCAGUUGCAGCACAAAGCAAAGCGAAAGCAAAAACACUCGCUACAAAACCAACGAAAACUACAACUUCAAAAGCAACUCCAACAAGAUCAACUCCAACAUCCCCCUCAAAAACUGUAUCUUCCACAUCACGAACAUCAACUACAGCAAUGAAGAAGCCGUCGACAACGACACCUUCUCGUCCAAAAGAUCUCGACGCUCCGAAGAAAUCUACAAUUUCCUCUACGACAGCCAGUAAACCGUCGGUUGCAAAAUCCGCUUCGAAAACAACGACAUCAACUACUGCAACGAAAUCAACUAACAAAACCAGCGUAAGCUCUACAACCUCUAAACCAAAACCUAUUGCAACAACCGCUCCAAAAUCGACUGUUACUGAUAAAAAACCUACCGCGAAUGGUGACGUUAAAUCUUUAAGUAAAUCAGCGACUGCAACUAAAUCCUCCAACAAAGCAUCACCAUUAGCGACCAAAACUACGCUAGUCAAAACAUCUUCCACACGAGCAUCAACUGGAACGACAACAGUUUCAAAAGUAAGAUCCUCUUCUGCCAACAAAUUAAAUACGACUGCAAAAACUAGCAGUACUACAACUACUGUCAGUACGGCUAGCAACAGACCCAAAACAGCUCCAUCUAGUGGAACUGCAUCGAAACCUCGCAUGUCACUUAAUAAGUUACCAGCGAUCGAUAAACAAGUGAAGGAAACUGCUAACAAACAAAUUUCUAUGGGGCGAACAAGUACACCUGCUUCUAAGACGACUUCUCGUUUGUCUACUACUAGUUCUAGCACGACUACGAUAAAACGCGCAUCCUUAACAGCAAAAACUACCACAGUUGCAUCCCCAACGAAAAAAUCUACGCCUGUAUCGAAAACUUCGAAGACCUCGUUGAGCGGAAAAACAGCUGGUGAAAAAGGAAAAAUUUUGCAAAAUGGCGUAUCCGAGAAUGUUGAGAUAAAUACGAUAAUCGAUGAUAUGCCGAAAAAAGAUCUAUCGCCCGUGGUCACUCCAAAUGAUAAUCAAUUAAUCAUGAGCUCUGAUUGAAUUGGCGGGAAAUGACACCGGUUUCAAUCUUAGCUUUAUGUCGAUCGUAUGUCAUGCACCGAUAAACAUUGUUCUUUCUUUACCAAAAAAAAAAAAAAAAAAAGAGAUACAGAACAUCCGCUAAAAAGUAGUUUCUUAGGAAAUAUAUAACGAAUCGGAAGGAGUUUUUACUAUAAUUAGCGUAAAGUAUAAAAUAUAAUAUAUUAAUGUGUAUAUGUAUACCGAAGUAAUGAGUCUGUUUAUCUAUAUUGGCGAAAAGAGUGAAUGUGAAAUGAAUGAAAGAGAGUGAAUGUUAAGAAAGAAAAAAAAAAGAGAGCAAGGAUGUGUGCAAGAAAGGAUAUGCACUAAAAAAAAAAAGAAAAAGAAAAAACAAAAUAUAUGUUAUUUCGCUUUUGACUGCUUCGAUCGUGCUGGAAGUAAAGAAUAAUGUAAAGCAGAAUAGAAAAGAAAUGAAAAAGAAGAGGGAAGUGGAAGAAGAAACAUGAACUAAAUGCGAGAAGAAAGAUAUCAAUUGUUUUUGUAAAUAAAUGGAUAAACGUUUCCAAGCGGUCUCCGAGAUACUUAGCCGAAAAAGAAAUAUUCACAUGUGGUGCUGUAACUGGCCUGUAAACAUGACAAGUAUACACGCAGCGCAGGUUCAUCAAGUCGCCAACAGUUUAAACUCGGAAUCCAGAGAAUGUUGUCACCGCUUAACCGUACGAGUCGGUUUCUUAACAUAUUCUUAAUGUAAAACACGAAGCUGGACGGUUUUUUAUACUUUUUAAUUUUAUAUGUGCAUUAUAUUUGAUAAUAAUUAAUCGUCGUACUUUUUAUGAAGAAGACCUUACACACGUAUGUACAAAUACGUACUGGAAAAAAACAUAUAUACACAUGUAGACACUUACACAUACGCGCAUAUACCACAAACACCACAUACAAGAAACGCGAACGACAGGUACCAUAUAUAUUUAUUUUUUUUUGUUUGUUCCUAUUCCGAAGUUGAGUAUACUGCGAGAGAAUAUUAUAAACUCGUCAUUCAUUAAUACUGUUCUUAUGUAUUCUCUAUCCAUCUAUGUAUAGCACUUCUAUGAGUUAAUGUGAUACCUAUUAUAUUAAAUAAAUUCGAACAAAUAUCGAAACGAAAGGACAAUUUAUGUAUGUAUAACAUGUGGGAAUCUAAGAAAAACUAACAUCUGAAGAGUUAUAAGGAUAAAAAGAAAAGGAUUUAAAAAAAAUAAGAAUAAUCAUAAUAUAGAAAAAGAAUUCUUUAUCUUAUAUUAAAAUCAUUUCGUUUAAUGAUGCAAUUGAUUAUUAUUCAAGAAUGGAAUAUUUAAUCUUUAUCAUUAAACGAAUAAAAUAUGAAUAAUAAAGAAGUAAAUGCAAUUUUAAAAUAAUAUUAGGAAGAAAAAUUCAAAAAAUUUAUAACUGCCAAAAUAAUGUUAUGGUAUAAAAAAAAAAAAUUAUUUAAUCUUUCCUUUCAAAUCUUUUCCCCAUUUUAUCUCUUUCGUUUCUUUUUCUUUUUUAUAUAAAAGUACUUAGGCUUUUUAUGUAAACAUACGUAUAAGAUAAAUUCAUUGUUCUUUGUAUUUGAUUAUUUAUAGUAAAGAUACGUGUAUUAUUUAACGAAACGUUAAUAUUUGUUUUAAAUAAAUAUGAUAAAUGAUUGAUGAUUUUAAAAUCUUAAAGAGAUACGAACAAUAUUAUGCAUUUGUUGUGUUAAAAAUUCUUAAAUAAAAAUUACGUCAAGUUGGGGUA